AUGUUAAAACUUGUUGAUAAUGAGAAAAAAUCUGCAAUGAGAUACAUAUAUGCAGCAAUGAUCAAGACCAAAGAGGAUAUUCGAAAAGCUUUCAAUGAACAAGCAAGCAAGUACAUAUAUGUAUUUGCAAUCAUUGAUGAAAGGUGUAAAUGUCAACUUCAUCAUUCAUUGCAUGCUGCAAGCUACUACCUAAACCCGAAGUAUUUUUAUAGCAAACCAGAAAUUGAGAAUGAUACCAUAUUGAUGGGAGGUCUUCACUUAUGCAUCGAAACACUUAGUGAAAGUCAUCAAAUGAGUGACAUGACUACAACACAGUUGGCGGAAUAUAAGAUUGUUAAUGGUCUAUUUGGAUUGGGUGGAGCAAUAAGACAAAGGGCAACAUUAGCUCCCGAUGAGUGGUGGAAGACUUAUGAAGCACAAACUCCAUUGUUGCAAUUAUUGGCCAUUAAAGUGUUGAGUUUGACAUGCAGUUCUUCAGGAUGUGAGCGUAAUUGGAGUACUUUUGAGCAUAUUCAUUCCAGGAAGAGAAGUAACCUUGAGCAUAAGAGGUUGGAAGACUUGGUUUUCGUUAAGUAUAACCAGGCUUUGAAAGAGUGCUAUGAUUGUCGUGAUGUGAUUGAUCCAAUUGUCUUGAAUGAUGAUAAUGAUUAUAUCAAUGAAUUUGAACUGGGAGACUUGGGGGAAGAUGGUGAACCUAUUGAAGAAUUAGUUUAUGUCGGUGAUAAUCUAACUUGGACUGAUGUUGCCAAUGCAAGUGGGGCUAAUGAGCCGGUGGUCUACACUAGACGAGCAACAAAAGAAAAGGCAGCUGCAAGUGCAUCUAAGACAAUUGCACAAGAAGCAAUAUCAAAAGAAGUGGUGGUAGAAGAAGAUGUUGAACCUAUUUAUGUUGAAGAUGAUGAGGAUGAGGAGAACGAAAAAUAUAUUGAAAGGUCAUCCUAG